AUGCCAAAUGAAUGCAUUAUGUGCCAUUGCAACGUAUGCCGAUACACCACAGGGUCCCUAGGCGUAUCUUAUCUGGCGCUUAGCGGCCCGCCCAGUGAGAAAUCACUCACUUCCACUACUGCAUACAAGUCUUCUGAGAAAUACACCCGGUAUUUCUGCCAGAAAUGCGGAUGUAAUGUCUUUGUUCGAUCUGAAAGGGACGGGAGGUGGUUGGCUUGUCCCGGCAUCCUGGAGAGAAGCGAGGAUGACAAGGACGAAUCGAGUCAGAUGAAAUGUCCAAACAACAUCACAAAGGUCAUUUGCCACUGGUACCUCGACGAUGCGAAGGACGGUGGCAUCGCGCCAUUCCUCACCAAAUUAAGCGGGCGAGAUGUUCCAUGCUAUAGGACCGAGCCAGACGCGGAGGAUGAAGAUCGCUUGGAGGAGAGCGAUCUUCUACGACUUCAGAUGACAUCUCUUGCUCAACAGCCCUCAGCGCUUGAGAGAGGUCAAAUGCUGGAAGUCUCUUGCCACUGCGGAGAGUGUCAACUCCUGAUCGCACCACCGGCAUACACUGCGACCAGCGAAGGAUGGUACGUGCCUAAGACGGACCGCAGCAAAUAUUACGCUCGCUUCUGCUGUUGUCGGUCUUGCCGCCUGACAUUAGGCUUCACACUGCAGCCGUGGGCUUACAUUCCCCCCUCCCAGUUUUUCACUCUGGAGAAGGAGCCUGUCGUUUUCGGACCUAAAACCAAAGAGACGGUUCAAAUCGACAAACUCAAACACUAUCAGUCCUCAGAAUUUGUGAUACGGAGUUUCUGCUCCGUCUGCGGGGCAACAGUCUUCUACCAGAGUUUCGAAAGGCCAUAUAUUAUUGAUUUGAGCGUUGGUGUUGUGAGGUCGAAGAUGGGGAAUGCGAUGGCGGGGGAAUGGCUUGAGUGGGACAGGGAGAUUGUGAGUAAAAGGGCCGAGGCUGUGGAUGAGGAAUUGGUAGAAGCGUGGUUAAAGAAAUGA